CCUGAAACGGUAAUAUGGUAUUGGUUUUUCGCACCUCAACCCAAGGUAAAGGACUGUAUCAUACUUCGGCAAAUGACUUGCUAGUGCUGCCAUCCAAUGUUGAACUACACAUGCUCCAUAAUGUUUCUUGGAAAUCCUGUCACACACGUUUAACUCUGGGGAAGACGGGUUAGGGAUCGGACCCGGCCACCGAAAUGGGUUUCAUAACGACCGGAUGUGGCGGGUAGUUGGCUGGCGCUCUCAACGCUCGGCUAGACCCUUGAGUCAACCUCACCUUCAGUCCACCUCAGAACCUAUUCACAAUUGAGUCCUUACCCCAGCAUCUCCCUGCCGCAACAACCAGUCAUCUGCAACGAAAAUGUCCGACGGCCAACAUUUGAAAAAAGUGGCCAUCGUGGGCAGUGGAAGCGCUGGUAUCGGGGCAUUGUGGGCUCUCAACCGCACCCAUCAUGAUGUCUACCUGUAUGAGGCUGCCGACCGGCUCGGAGGCCACACGAAUACGGUGGAGUGGAAGCGGGGGAAGUACCGAACCUUAGUUGAUACGGGCUUCAUCGUCCUGAACGAGGCAACCUACCCUAAUUUCAUGAACUUUUUGAAACAGGUCAAAGUGCCUACUGUCCCGACGGAGAUGACCUUUGGCAUCUCGCGGGACCGUGGCAGGUUCGAGUGGGCUGGUACCAGCUUGGAUGCUAUCUUCUGCCAGAGAAGGAACCUUUUCUCAUUGAAAAUGUGGAGGUUGAUCUUUGAUAUCAUCCGCUUCAAUCAAUUUGCCUUGGACCUAUUGAAAGAAGACGAGAAUAGUCGGCCUGGUGGGAGAGGCACUAUAAGUGAUACCGAAACCAUUGGACAAUACCUCGAACGGGAAGGCUACUCCGAAGCUUUCAAGAAUGAUUACCUUAUUCCCAUGACAGCCGCCGUAUGGAGUACGAGUCCGGACAGAUGCAGCUUGGAGUUUCCAGCCGUGACGCUGAUCCGGUUCAUGUGGAAUCACCACCUUCUGAGUACAAUAGCGAAACGGCCAGACUGGCUGACCCUGGAAGGCGGUGCCAAAUCCUACAUCGAUGCAGUCAUGAAGGGCUUCCCGCCCAACCACCUCUUUCUGAAGACAGCGGUGAGGCAUCUGACGAAUGAAAAGAAUGGCCGUGUACGCCUCCAUUUCGAAAACGGCAAGAGUGAUGUGUUUGACCACGUCGUCCUCGCAACGCACGGCGAUCAGGCAUAUCAAAUCAUUGAGCCCUCUGCGACGGAGGAUGAGAAGACCAUCAUGUCGGCCUUCAAGACGUCAGAAAACAACUGCAUACUUCACUCAGACCUUUCGCACAUGCCAGUCAACACAAAGUCGUGGACGAGCUGGAAUUACAUAACACAGUCCAAUCCAUGGACCGGUCGGGAUGUCGACAAGGUGUCGUUGACGUACAAUAUGAACAUAUUGCAGCACAUACCGAGAGGGACAUUUGGAGAUGUGUUGGUGACGCUGAAUCCGCUCCAUGAGCCCAAGGAAGAGACGAUCCAGGGCAGGUACUCGUACUCACAUCCCCUGUACACUGCAUCCGCCAUCCAAGCACAAAAUGCGUUGCCACGGAUACAAAACAAGCGCAAUAUCAGUUACGCGGGAGCAUGGACCAAAUACGGGUUCCAUGAAGAUGGGUUCAGCAGCGGCUUGUACGUGGCACAGGCUCAUCUCGGAGCUCGCUUACCAUUCGAAUUCGUGGAUACAACUUACAUCCGAGGACGACAGCCUCAGCUAGGCAUCGCAGACUGGUUGGCCCGUGUCGUAAUCCUGUUGAUUCAAGUGUUCAUCAUAGAUGUAUUGGAGAGGGUGUGGGAGAAUGUGAAGCCAAGGAUUUCCAGGCAGGUCAACGGGGUAAAGAGAAUGGCCACGAACAAAAAUGGGAAGUUGGCCUGAGUGGGAGGAUGCCAUUGGGAGAAUGACCAAUUUGACAACUGUAAAACUAUAAUCAAUGAUACAUCA